AUUGCGUGUCCUUGACGCAACAACAAUCCCCGUCAAUACAGCUCAAAUCUGUUUAUCGCCGAGUGGAUAUUUUGCUAGCCUGAUAAUUUCUCCGGAACAGUGCCGGAUUUAGGCUAUUAUGGCGUCUUUGGGGGAACCUGUUCGACUGGAAAGAGACAUUUCUCGAGCCAUUGAAUUGCUUGACAAGCUCCAGAGGACGGGGGAAGUGCCACCCCAGAAACUGCAGGCACUGCAAAGGGUCUUGCAGAGCGAGUUCUGUAAUGCUGUGCGAGAGGUGUAUGAACAUGUGUAUGAGACAGUGGACAUUAACAGUAGCCCAGAAGUCAGGGCAAAUGCCACAGCCAAGGCCACUGUUGCAGCGUUUGCGGCCAGUGAGGGGCACUCACACCCUCGCGUGGUGGAGCUACCUAAGACGGAGGAAGGACUUGGCUUCAAUAUAAUGGGAGGGAAGGAACAGAACUCUCCUAUUUACAUCUCACGCAUCAUUCCUGGUGGAAUCGCCGACCGCCACGGGGGCCUCAAGAGAGGCGACCAGCUUCUUUCUGUCAAUGGAGUGAGUGUGGAGGGGGAGCACCAUGAGAAAGCUGUGGAGCUUCUCAAAGCUGCCCAGGGCACUGUGAAGCUGGUGGUCAGGUACACUCCUAAAGUCCUUGAGGAAAUGGAGUCCCGCUUUGAGAAGAUGAGGUCUGCAAAGCGCCGGCAACAGAACAGCUAUCCCCAAUAGUGUUUUUUUCAUCACUGGCACGCAAUUCCCUUAUCUUUCACCCUCUUCCAGCCAUCUGUCCCAGUCACAAUUUUAACCUUUUUCUAAAACUUAGCACACUAAGUUGAGUUAUGUAUCCACAUGUAUAUAUUUCUACCUUUUCUACACCCUACCCCUGCGACUUCUGACACUGUCCUCCACACCACGACUCAAGGCAAACACUAGAUUUAUCAUAUUUCUACAAGUAGUUGGUCAUUCACGCUUUACAUGUGCAUUACAUUUUGGGCUGACAUAUUGGAUGUCGUUUGAGGACCUGUGAGACCCACAACAGAGGUUCAUUGAUUGAAGAGAUGGUAUAUUUAUUUAUUUUAGUACAGCCUUUAUAAUGUGCCUCAGGGCAAUACAAAUGUAUUUAAACUUGUACUGUCAUACUGUCAUUCAAAUUACCCUCGUUUUAAUUUGGGUAUAAAACUAAGCUCAGAUGAUUUAACACUUCAAUGCCAGGUUUACUAAGCAUUUGCAGGAAUGCAAACUUCACCGCUGCUAUUUUUGAGAGUGAAAAGAACUGGUAGUAAUAGAAUACAUUUGGGAUAUAAGGGGUAUAGAAUAUAUAUAUUAUCGAAGGAAUUGUGUGUACAUUUAUAUAGAAAUAUUGUAUUUUGUGUUUACCAGUAUAUGAAGGCUAAAUGGAGACCGUUAUGUUUCACCAUGGUCUCUGUUUUGUUUUUUUCCCUCCUGAAAAUAACAUGUGUGAACGUUUUGGUAGAUCUGUGUUUAGUAUUCUAAUCUUAAAUUGUUAAGGAAUUAAAUAAUACAUUCUCUGAAUUUA